UGUUUGUCUGUUAAUAGGCCAUAUUCGCAACAAAUAUAAAAUCGGCCAGAAGCUGGGUGAAGGAGGAUGUGGCAGUGUUUACGGAGGGAUUCGCUGCAUGGAUGGACUUGAGGUAUACAUUUUCUUCACUUAAAAACAACACGUCUGUUCAGGAUUUAUGACUGGAGUGAUAUCAGCUAUCUGCAUGUGCUAAUUGUUCAUCUUAAUUUGUUUUGUUGAUUAGGUGGCUGUGAAAUGUUCAAAGAAGUUUCCAGACAUGUCAUCUAUCCGAGUGGUGAGUAGACUGCGUUCCCUGUCUUAGUAUUGUCUCUUAGUCACUGUUUUCAGUUUAUUCAUGUUAACCAAAGACAAACUGUUUUGAUUUGUGAAGUCUUAAGGAAACCACUUCCGUCUAAGCAUCAUGUUUUCUUUCUUUUAGCCUGGUCAACCCAAACGUGUCCCCAUGGAGGUUGGCCUGAUGCUCAUGGCCAUUGAUGGCCCCAGCUUUCCCCAGAUAAUUGAGCUGCUUGACUGGGAGGACGACGAAGACCACUAUGUAAUGGUCAUGGAGCGCCCCGUGCCUUGCGUGGACUUGUUCACUUUUCUCCAUGACUAUGGAGGAAGCCUUGAUGAGGGGACGGCACGAAAGAUCAUGCGGCAGGUCAUUAAUGCGGCUAAAACUUGCUGCGCGCGUGGCGUCUUCCAUCGGGAUAUAAAGCUGGAGAACGUCCUGGUGAACCAGGACACCUUAGAGGUCAAAUUAAUUGACUUUGGGUGCGGUGCGCUCAUGAAGAGAUCUGCCUUCAAAGUCUUCUGUGGCACACAAGAGUACUGUCCACCCGAGGUCAGCAUGAAGGGCAGGUACCACGCAAAACCCACUACAGUGUGGACGCUGGGGUUCAUCCUGUAUGAAAUGCUGUGUGAAUGUCCUUCAUCACACGACCGUCACAUGAUCGCUGUGGACCUCUGGAGCAGACCUGGCUUGUCAAAAGAAUGCUGCCAGAUGAUUUCGGAUUGUCUGCAGCCUGAUCCACAGAAGAGACUCAGACUGGAUAAGAUGCAUCUCCAUGAAUGGUUUAAGGUACGGAGUCUUAAGACUAGCUAAGCGUUUUCUUGGUUUAGCUUGAUCGUCAGUCGUCAUUAACUUUAAAGUCAGCUUUUCUCUAAAUGUGAUGUAUUUAGACAAAUAAUGCUGAUUUAUGUUAUGUUUC